UUUUCCACCAUUCAUUCGCAUCAUCAAUCUCAUUCAAAGUUUCAAACAAAUCACCCUCUUCCCCUUUGCCGAUUGACCUACUGCUGCCGGAUAAUCGUCAUCGAAUUAGGAGAAACAGAGUCUCCCUUGGGGUUGCCUGCUAGAGAGGAACGGGUUGGGGUAAAACCCUGGAACGACAAGUUGCAGACAUCACGGCUAUACACGGAGCAACGCGGCCACUCGUUCAUGUCCGAUCAGUACGGCGGAAGGGUUCAAUAACUAUUGAGAGCAACCCUUCGACGCACGGCGGACGUGGCGCUUUGCCUUCCGAAGGCGGUAGCCCAUCCGACCUUCUCUUCCUCGCCGGCGGUGGUUCAUCCUCCUUCCUAUUCCUCGUAGCUUAGGGUAUAUUAGGUCUAGACUUAUACGCAUAUAUCCCAUACCUGUUAUUAUCGUUUAAUUUUCAAGAUCUGCUUUCUUCAUCGCUCGUAUCCGUUUAAUCAACCAACCAAUCGAAGAACAUGUUGAGGAUUAAGAGGGUUCCUACUAUUCUUUCCAACUACCAGAAGGAGGGGGUCGAGGAAGGUGGUGCAGCCCGUGGUUGCGGCCGUAAUUGCCUCAGAAACUGUUGCCUAACAGCAGGGGCUAAGCUACCUCUGUAUGCUUUUCCAAAAUCCAACAAGGUUGAUUUAUGCCACAAUAAUGAGGUCCCUUUUGCCUUCUUGGACUCCCUUCUUCUAGGAGAGUGGGAGGAACGAAUGGAGAGGGGCCUUUUUCGCUAUGAUGUUACUGCUUGCGCCACUAAGGUGAUUCCAGGUGAACUCGGUUUUGUGGCUCAGCUGAAUGAAGGUCGCCACCUUAAGAAACGGCCCACUGAGUUCCGAGUUGACAAGGUGCUACAGCCUUUUGAUGAGAACAAGUUCAACUUUACCAAAGUUGGACAGGAGGAAGUGCUAUUUCAGUUUGAAGCAAGUGAAGAUGGUGAAGUCCAGUUCCAUCCAAAUGCUCCAAUUAAUGUGGAUGGUUCACCAAGUGUAGUUGCCAUUAAUGUUAGCCCCAUUGAAUAUGGGCAUGUGCUUCUGAUACCUCGAAUUCUUGAGCGCCUACCUCAAAGGAUUGACCAUGAGAGCUUAUUACUUGCACUGUACAUGGCACGUGAGGCUGGAAGUCAAUACUUUCGUCUUGGUUACAACAGCUUGGGUGCUUUUGCUACCAUCAAUCACCUUCACUUCCAGGCUUACUAUUUGGGUGUGCCAUUUCCAAUUGAGAAAGCUCCCACUAGAAAGAUUACAGACUUCAAUGGCAAUGACAAUGGCGGGGUUGUAAUUUCUGAGAUUUUCAACUAUCCUGUUAGAGGUCUUGUGUAUGAGGGUGGAAGUGGAAGUUCUCUUGAAGAUUUAUCAAAUGCUGUGGCUGAUUCAUGCAUAUGUCUUCAAGACAACAAUAUACCUUACAAUGUGCUCAUUUCAGAUUCUGGAAGACGCAUCUUUGUCCUUCCUCAGUGUUAUGCUGAGAAGCAGGCUCUUGGGGAAGUGAGUGGUGAGCUGCUGGAUACACAGGUGAAUCCAGCGGUGUGGGAAAUCAGUGGACACAUGGUGUUGAAGAGGAAGGAGGACUAUGAAGGGGCAUCUGAGGAAAAAGCUUGGAGACUUCUUGCUGAGGUCUCAUUGUCUGAAGAAAGGUUCCAGGAAGUCGUGGCCAUUAUAUUUGAGGCCAUUUCUGUUACAGAGAAGAUGUUGACUGAAGAUGAACAAGAUGUUGACCAAGUUGAUGGUGGUCCCCGUGAAGCAGCCAUGGUGCCUGGGAAUCAAGAAUGCCUAGUUCAGUACUAGGUGUAUGUAUGCUCUGCUCUGCUCUCUUGUUAUAUAUAUAUAGUUAAGUUAUUUGGGAAGUUUUUCGUGGUUUUGGUGUGUUUGACCACGAGACUUGACACCAUUAAAUAAAAGCAGUGGGCGUGUGUGUGUGUGGGUUUGUAGUGUUUGCAAAAUGACUUGAGGAUAUUUGAUUGUGAUUGUGUUGCAUGUAAAUAUUUCAGUGUGUGUUGUUGCUCUAUGAGAGCUAAUUAAUGGCUGUUGCCACGUAAUGUAUUUGUUGGUUUAUGCUAAAGGUUAUUAAUC